GUCAUCCCCCACAAGAUGUCGCUCGAGUGGCUGGUGGCCUGGAACUGGUCGCUGGACGGCCUGCGGGACUGCAUCGCCACGGGCAUCCAGUCGGUACGAGACUGCGACACCACGGCUGUGGUCAGCGUGGCCUGCCUGCUGGUCCUGUUCGUGUGGUACUGUUACCACGUGGGGCGCGAGCCUCCCCGGCCCUACGCAACCGUCAACUCCCUGAUGCAGGGCACAGAUGCCUCCGGGCUGCAGAACGGCUACGCAUACUGCCAGUCCCCUGAGUGCGUGCGCUGCGCCCACAACGAGGGCCUCAACCAGAAGCUCUACUACAACCUGCAGGAGUACGCCAAGCGCUACUCCUGGUCCGGCAUGGGCCGCAUCCACAAGGGCAUCCGCGAGCAGGGCCGCUACCUCAGCAGCCGGCCCUCCAUCCAGAAGCCCGAGGUCUUCUUCCUGCCUGACCUCCCCACCACACCCUACUUCCCACGGGACGCCCAGAAGCAUGACGUGGAGCUGCUGGAGCGCAACUUCCAGACCAUCCUGUGCGAGUUUGAGACCCUGUACAAAGCCUUCUCAAACUGCAGCCUCCCGCAAGGAUGGAAAAUGAACAGCACUCCCAGCGGGGAGUGGGUCACCUUUUACUUGGUCAAUCAGGGGGUUUGCGUUCCCAGGAACUGCAGGAAGUGCCCACGGACGUACCGCUUGCUUGGAAGCCUUCGGACCUGUAUUGGGAACAAUGUUUUUGGGAACGCGUGCAUCUCCGUGCUGAGCCCAGGGACUGUGAUCACGGAGCACUAUGGCCCCACCAACAUCCGCAUCCGGUGCCACUUAGGUCUCAAAACCCCAAGUGGCUGCGAACUGGUGGUCGGGGGGGAGCCCCAGUGUUGGGCAGAAGGACGCUGCCUGCUCUUUGAUGACUCUUUCCUGCACACUGCAUUCCACGAAGGUUCAGCAGAGGAUGGCCCACGGGUGGUUUUCAUGGUGGAUUUGUGGCAUCCCAAUGUGGCAGCAGCCGAACGUCAGGCCCUGGAUUUCAUCUUUGCUCCGGGUCGAUGAGAACGUUUUCUGUGCUGGAGUCGGCGACAGUGGCCGCGGGUCAGCCCGGGCAGACUGGGGUACGGUCCAGCCCCAACCCGUGCUGUGAAUCCAUGCUCUGAGUCCUGCCUCACCAGAAAGUUCUUAUUUGGGGUUUUGAGAUCACGUGGGCUCCCUCUUUCCUUUGGUUAUUGUAAAUGGGAAAUUUUCAGCUUGUAUCGCCUUAGAUUUUUCUUUUUUUCCUUCCAGUCAUUUGCUUCUGCGAUUCCUUUCUGCCUAAUAGCGCGUUACUUUGCUCUGUGACUGGGGGCUCUGUGCCUUCGGUGUGACUGUUGUCUGUGCCGUGUCACAUACCUGGUUUUUUCAGUGCUCUGGAAUAGAGUAACCAAGCGGUUAUCUGUCUGAAUGUAAUCACGUUAAAAACUCCUUGUGGUCAUCUGAAAAGAAAAACGAAUGAAACAAAACAAAAACUGCAAACCAGAGUGUUAGAGACCUUGGCCUCUGUUGCCGUCACGGUCACACAGGGGACCCUUCAGCCACCCUGGGGCAGGGGAGAGUCUGCAGUUCCCACACCCAGCCAGCUUCACGGGCAGGGAGAGCCCAGUCAGGGGCGGCAUGCACGGCUGGGCCUGAACAGACUUGCCACCGUCGCUCCCCUCACUCCCAAACCCCUUCAGGUCCCCGACAGUGGGGAGCAUCUGGCUGGUGGGACUGGAGGCUCCUGUGUAAACACGGCUUUCCUUCCAAGCUGAGGCUGGUGUCCUCAAGAGCCAAGUCGGGGCUCCCACGGAUCAGCUGCCGAAUGUGUGAUCCGCUUACCUCACUGCCCACAGGAGCCCUCCUGCCAAAUGGGGCCAGGAACACUCCCUGCGCAGCCGCUUCGAGUCCGCGGCGAUGAACGUUCAGACCAGCCGUUUGGCUGAUAGGAGCUAUGGCAGCAUGAGACUGCGUGCUCCUCCGGUGACAUUCCAGCAGCACCUUCCUCUGGCAAAACUGGAAUUGUCGAUCUGACCAAAAAAAUGUCUGUUUUGCUAUGGAGUUUUGUUGCCUAUGAUUUUCCAUUUAUUUGUCUGUACAUAAAUGUACCAAGUGCUGGGCUCUGAGACAGUGGAGGGGUCGGCCCCAUGUCUUCGUCUCUGCUCAGGGGUGCAUGCCAGGUGACAAUGACCUAAGCCAGGGGGUGUGAGCGGGGCCUUUGCAGAGACCUACGAACCCAAAAGACCCACAGCGGUGGAGCUGGCUUUUCGGUUUCUUGUGAAGGAUAUGGCCAGCUGGAGGCACAAAUUCUAGAAACAUUCUCCUGUGACCCGAGGUGUGCAAGAGUAGCCUCCAGCUGUCCUAGAGAUGCCUUUUUCGAAUCACGUAUCACGGGCAGUGUCUGAUGUAUACAGUGGGCGGUGUACAGCUGGUCACCCGUACAGGUCCAGGGUUCUCUCGGAACAGAACCAGCAGCUUCCGGGAGGAAUGGCCGUCAGAAGUGACCCUGGGCCGAGAUGCCCUAGGCAGUGACUGGCAAGUGAGCAAAGAAAACCUGUUUCCAUUGGAGUCAGAUCUCUACACCGAUCUUUUUCAGUGAGCGGAAUGCCGGACAGGGCAGCAGUUUCCAACAUACGUGAAAUCUUUUUACUCAUUAAGUAUCUUGUCAAAGAAUCACCGAGGUGCAUGAUUUCUAUACAUACUGACUGCUCUCCAUUUACAAAGCCCACAGCCCACACGGGUACCAUGUGCCGUGCUUGGGGAACAGGAGAUAAAUAAAGGACCUUGCUGAAAACCAGA